AUGGUGUUCGCACAUGAACUUACUCAUGGUCAAGGGUCCACGUCACUCCACCAGGAAAUUAAGCCAGAUGAUGUUCGUUCAUAUCUAUCUACCUAUCUAUUUACUGAUCUAUCUAUUUCCGUAUUUUCUUAUCUAUCUAUUUAUCUAUCUAUCUCAGUCUGUCCAUACCAAUCUAUCUAUCUAUCUAUCUAUCUAUCUCAGUCUGUUCCUAUCUAUCUAUAUAUCUAUCUAUUUCAUCUGUUCAUAUCUAUCUAUCUAUCUAUCUAUCUAUCUAUCACUGUUCAUAUCUAUCUAUCUAUCUAUCUAUCUAUCUAUCUAUCAUUUCAGUCUUUUCAUAUCUAUUUCAGUCUGUUCAUAACUAUCUAUCUAUCCAUCUAUCUCUCUUUCUCUCUCUCUCUCUCUCUCUCUCUGUGUCUCUUCUGUUCAUAUCUAUCUAUCUAUCUAUCUAUCUAUCUAUCUAUCUGUCUGUCUGUCUGUCCUAAAUAUAAAAGCUUAUCAACGGAUACAAACAGCAAGAAAUUGUGUUGCCUGAACUCUAUUUCUUUUUCUUUUUCUUUCUUUCUUUCUUUCUUUCUUUUAAUCAUCCCAUUUCUUUCUUUCUUUCUUUCUUUUAAUCAUCCCAUUUCUUUCUUUCUUUCUUUCUUUCUUUCUUUCUUUCUUUCUGCACUCUAA